AUGAUUAGGCGGAGCUACAAGCGCAGUGAGGAAGUGAUCCAGGAAUCUUCCAUCACAGACACAGACGACUACGAACUCGAUGUUUUUGUAAUUUUUCGUUUCACCGGUUAUUUUCAUGCUUUUUCCAACAAAUUGAACCGGAAGUACGACCACAGCAUUACAAAAUGAAGUCACCAAAUUCGUGUUUUAUAUUUGCGUGGAGUUUGGUCAUAUUUAGCUCGUGCUCUGGAUUUUACCUUCCGGGUUUAGCGCCAGUGAGUUUUUGUGAAAAACCCUCCGAGGGAGAAGCGGGGCAAUGUGAGACGAAUAUCCAACUGUUUGUGAAUAGACUAGACUCUGUGGAAUCAGUCCUGCCCUAUGAAUAUGAUGCGUUCGAUUUCUGCCAAGAUUCAAAUGAAAAAAGGCCUUCAGAGAACCUUGGACAGGUGUUGUUUGGAGAGAGAAUUGAAACGUCCCCAUACAAAUUUUCAUUUAAAGAGGACAAGAAGUGUGUGAUGGUUUGUACCAGAAAGUAUGACGUAUCCUCAAAAGAAGAUAAGUUAAAGUUGGACUUUAUAAAGAGAGGAAUGGAGCUGAAUUACCAGCACCACUGGAUUGUGGACAACAUGCCUGUAACGUGGUGUUAUAAUGUGGAGGAUGAUCAGAAAGUCUGCAACCCCGGAUUUCCCAUUGGAUGUCUAGUAAACCAAGAGGGAAAGCCGAAAGAUGCCUGUGUUAUUAAUGCUGAUUUCAACAAAAAGAACACUUUCUACAUUUUCAACCACGUGGACAUCACAAUAACUUACCACAGUGCAGAUGAAAGCAACGGGAUGGGUGCUCGGCUUGUGGCUGCUACUUUGGAACCUCGGAGUGUCAAACAUAGUGAGGAGUCCACUCCAACAUGUGAAGGAUCUCCCAUGGACAUACCAUCUGAAUUUACCACUGAUCUCAAAGUGUCCUACUCCUAUUCGGUUCAAUUUAAGCGCAAUGAUGAGAUCAGAUGGGCUUCUCGGUGGGAUUACAUUUUGGUUUCAAUGCCUCACACCAACAUCCAGUGGUUCAGCAUCAUGAACUCAUUGGUUAUCGUGCUCUUCCUGUCUGGCAUGGUGGCCAUGAUCAUGCUUCGAACACUUCACAAGGACAUUGCCAAGUACAACCAGAUGGACCAGGCAGACUGGGUUAAGAUCCCUACAGCUUCAAACAGUACCUAUGAAGAUCUCCAGGAAGAGUCUGGGUGGAAGCAGGUACAUGGUGAUGUGUUCAGGCCACCCAGGAUGGGCAUGAUUCUGUCUGUUUUCCUUGGACAAGGCACUCAAAUCUUCAUUAUGACCUUCAUUACUCUUUUCUUGGCCUGUCUGGGCUUCCUGUCUCCAGCCAACAGAGGGGCUCUUAUGACCUGUGCAGUGGUGCUGUGGGUUCUACUGGGCACACCUGCAGGCUACGUGUCAGCAAGACUUUAUAAGACUUUCGGUGGUGAGAAAUGGAAAACCAAUGUUCUCCUCACAGCCUUUCUCUGCCCUGGGAUUGUGUUUGUUGAUUUCUUCUUGAUGAAUCUGAUCCUGUGGGUCGAGGGCUCCUCUGCUGCAGUUCCUUUUGGUACAUUAGUAGCCAUCCUGGCACUGUGGUUCGGCAUUUCAGUUCCUCUCACUUUUGCUGGCGCAUACUUUGGCUUCAAAAAGCCGGGCAUUGAGCCACCGGUGAGAACAAACCAGAUCCCUCGGCAAAUUCCCCAGCAGUCCUUCUUUACCAGACCCCUGCCAGGCAUCGUCAUGGGCGGCAUCCUGCCCUUUGGCUGCAUCUUUAUCCAGCUCUUCUUCAUCCUUAACAGCAUAUGGUCUCAUCAGAUGUAUUACAUGUUUGGAUUCCUCUUCCUGGUCUUCAUCAUUCUGGUCAUCACCUGCUCGGAGGCCACUGUUCUGCUUUGCUAUUUUCAUUUGUGUUCAGAGGAUUACCACUGGUGGUGGCGUUCGUUCCUGACCAGCGGCUUCACAGCCGCGUAUCUGUUUAUCUACGCAGUGCAUUACUUUUUCUCAAAGCUUCAAAUCAUAGAGGCCGCAAGCACCAUCCUCUACUUUGGUUACACUUUGAUCAUGGUGCUCAUCUUCUUUAUUUUCACAGGCACCAUAGGUUUCUUCGCUUGCUUUUGGUUUGUAAAUAAAAUCUACAGUGUGCUGAAAGUGGACUAGGAGAGGAUCAACACGGCGUCAUCUUUCGACAAACCAGCUGUCAAUUAGUAGCCUUGAAGAGACAUUAAAAUGAAGGAAAAGAUUUCUAAGGAAUCACAGAAAAACACCCUCUUCUUGUCUUAACUGCUGGUUUGUGGCUUCACUGUUUGCAAUUCACUCUGUUUUAAUUUGGGAAUUGACCUACGGUAGGUCUGCAUGUGAACUCCAAAGACCUUUACGUUAUCCGACUUCAUUUUAGCUUCCAAAGGCAGAGUACUCGCAGCAGAAGCCCUUAUCUUGUUAGGUUGGCUUAAUAUACUUAAUAUACUCAUUUUGAAACCAGAAUGUACACUGUGAAACGUUGGAUCAACUUAAAAGAAACAUAACUUUAAUUAGUAACACCUAACUUGAUUUUUUGUGUUAUCAAUUGAAGACUUUAUUUUUCUUUGAAGUUGAGACAAUGUUUUACUUUUUACAGUGUAUGUUUUUCUUAUUUUAUUUAAAUCCUUCACCUGUAAUGACAUAAUUUGAAUACGAAUACAAUGAUUGUUGUUGUUGUUGAUUCCUGUAAUACAAUGAUUCCUGUCCAUAGUUUUUUCUGUUGUAUAUAAAAGAUCUGUCAUGGGA